AUGGCGGAUAGCAAGCGCAGUAGCAUGGCGGGCAAGGUCGCAACCCCGAAGAUGGCAGGCACGAGCACACCAGCCGCGCAACCGCUACCCGACAACAAUGAGGCGCUUGGGAAGGCUAUAGGCGCACGCAUCAAAGUCACCACCGCUGCACCGGCUCCAAAAACAUACGACGGCACGCUCUUCACGGUCUCGCCGAUUCUGAAUGUUAUUGCCAUCAAUACUCGCGCCGCUUUGGCCAACCCUUCGACGGACGUUGCAUCUCAGCCCGGCGACUACCACAUCAUCCCCAUCUCGCAGAUCCAGAGUUUCCAAGUGGUGUCGUUGGCGAGCGGUGGCAGCGGAAGCGAGAGCAGCGUUGAGAACGCUAAGCCCAGUGUCGGGCUGGUGGACACCAAACGUCUCCGCCGACGUCUGGAUGAACGUGUAGCGGCUGUCCAAGAACAGGAGAAGAACCAGGGCAAGGGCGUCACGAAAGAGGCGCAAGCGAUCUUUGACAGCUUCCGACGGAUGCACGUCUUCUCUCCUCCACGCCUUACAUACCUAAACAUGCCCGUCCGCUGGCAUAACCAGGAGAUGAUAGUGCACGAAGCGAUCAUCAUCGCUCCUCCGUAUAGAAGUGAGGACUGCAAGGGCGCGAAGGACAAGCAGGAAGUGCUUAGUCGCGUGCGCAAGGUACUGGAA